AUGAUUUUUUCCAUAUUUGUUCGUAAUUCAUUUAGUAAUGAGAUCAAUGGUAUCUUUAGCAAAGUAUAUAACAAGAAAACAAUUGUUUAUGAUGUUUCGGGCUCAUCAAGACAGAAUAUUAAUGGGACUAUGCAAUUAACAAAGCCAGAAUACGCGAUUUAUCCUUGGAAUAAGGAUUAUGACUGGUGUUCAAAUUGUGGACAUUCCUAUAGUGAACAUCCAUAUAUUUCUUUUUCAAUCAAAGAUCAGAAUUUUAAAUUCAACAGUUAUUUCAUACGUGCAGGGUGCUGCUACGGACGUUGCUGCUGCGAAGAAGAUUAUUCCAGAUACUGUGUUAACUGCUGUCUGUACUCCUGGUCCCUCCAGAUAUCAGACGAUAACAAAACAUGGAAAGAAGUUCACAGAAUCGAAAAAGACAGAAACAUGCGCCGAUGCAAUGAAAAGACGUACAACUUAGAUGGUACCUAUGAAGCUAAAUAUGUCAGAAUCAUCCAGAAUGAGCCAUGCCCAGGAGAUCCGCCUUGUUUGGCUAUAAACAGAUUUGACUUGAUCGGCGAUUUGACAGAAUUUAACCAAAACAAGGAAAAUGAAGAUUUCGUUUCGUACCACGAUGAUGAUGACGAUGUAAGUAUAAUCGGACAUAUAUCGAAGAAUAAAAUUUAA